AUGGAGGAACUCUUUGCCGAGUUCCGCCCGCUUAGUCUCAAAGCUCGCUCUCGCUCGUCUGACACCGAGGACGACAGUCACGGCUUUGAACUGUCCGUUCAAGCCGGCCCCACCUCCUUUGGCUCCAACUCGGCCAACUCAGUUGUCGAUGUUGCUGCGGCCGCCAGCGAGGCCUCAACCGUUCCCAUCCUCAACAUUGGUCACACCUUGCGCUCUCGCAAGGUGACCAACCGCUCCUCGACCUCGGGCAUGGCUGAAGAUGAGACCGAACUCGAUCUUGAUGCCGACGACACCGCCCUUGAGGGAGAUGAGUCAGAUCUUGAGACGUUUGAUGUGAUCGACCCGGCCGAGGCUGAAGAAUUGGAGCAAUCACGCUCUGCUUUGCCUUUGCCCGCAGCGGCCUCGACGCCCUUGGCACGGCGCCGGCAUCGGUCGCCUUCGCCCAAUUUUCGCCGCCUGCUUGACUUUCAACCGUCUGGUUCCAGCAUCAGAGAGGCCAUCGGACGCGAUCUUGGUCGCAUGCGCCAAAAUGCCGUUGAACACAGCGUUUCCUUUGUGGGCUCGUUCUUUGGUUGCCUCUUCGGCUCGAGCCAACAGGCCGUCGCCAAGAAGCAGGCACCCCGUGACCCCUUUCUCAUCAAUUUCGAGGACAUCCAACAACUCAAAUGGAUUGGGGCGGGUGCGCAUGGCUGCGUUUUUCUUGGCCACUACAAUCAAGAGGAGGUUGCGGUCAAAAAGUUUCGCGAGGAAAAGUUUAUUUUCAAUGAGGAGCGAACCCUACGUGAGCUCAAGCACGAGAACAUUAUCGGCCUCAAGGGCGUGUGCAAGGCUGCGCCCGUCUUUUGCCUGGUCAUGGAGUACUGCCCGCGCUCCCUUUAUGAUGUGAUCCAGUCCUCCAAGAUCCCUGCGCCCUUGGUCGUCGAGUGGUCGCACCAGAUUGCCAAUGGCAUGCUCUACCUGCACGAGCAAGGCAUUGUCCAUCGAGACCUCAAGUCACCCAACAUUUUGGUAGCCCAGGACAAGCGCACGCUCAAGAUAUCCGAUUUUGGCACGUCAACGGACAUGCCGGCCAAGAGCACCAAAAUGUCCUUCACCGGCACUUGCGCAUGGAUGGCACCCGAAUUGCUGCGAGGCGAGAAAUCGUCGGGCAAGGUGGACGUGUAUUCCUUUGCCGUGGUUCUUUGGGAGCUCCUGAGCGGCGAGGUGCCGUACAAGGGCGUCGACGUGGGUGCCAUCAUCUGGGGAGUGGGCAGUGGACGCUUGCAGCUGCCCGUGCCCGAGGGCACGCCCGACGGGUUCUCGCUCUUGCUGAAGCAAUGCUGGAACAAGGAAGGCAAGCACCGUCCCUCCUUUCGCCAAAUCCAGCUGCAUUUGGGCAUUCUUCGCGACGACACGGACUUUGCAGCGACGCCAGACGAGUCGUAUUUUCAGACCCAGUUGCGUUGGAAGCGGGAGAUUCGCGAGCGGUUUGAGGAGAUGAGCCGCGCCGAGGACAAUGCGCGACAAGAGCAGGAAGAGCUUUUGCGCCGUCGCAACGAGGAGAUGAAACACGUCGAGGAUGUGCGCGCCCUCUACGAGACGCGCUUGGCUGAGGUUUUGCAACUGCAUACCGAGCUGCAGGCCGCCUUGAACCGCGUGACGGAGCAAGAGGUGGCGCUCUCUGGCGAGUAUGAGUCGCGCGUGGCAAAGGAUGCCUUGAGCGCCAAUGCUCACAGCAACGGCAAGCGUCGUGGCCAUCGUCGCCGCAGGCGCAGCAACAACAAUGGUCAUGGCAACGGCGAUCUUGAUCAUGGCACCUCCAAUCGAUCGCGGCGCCUGUCCAACCGCGAGGCCACCAUCCUGCGCCGUGCUAGCAAGGACGUGGAACGCAUCCAAAUUGAGCUCGAGCAGAGUCUGGAGGACGUCAAGCGGCAAAUGGAGACAGUCGACGAGGACAUGCUCGAGGCUUGA